AUGCAAAUUUUCGUCAAAACUUUAACCGGUAAGACCAUUACCUUGGAAGUCGAAUCCUCCGACACCAUUGACAAUGUCAAAUCCAAGAUUCAAGAUAAAGAAGGUAUUCCACCAGAUCAACAAAGAUUAAUCUUUGCUGGUAAACAAUUAGAAGAUGGUAGAACCUUAUCUGACUACAACAUCCAAAAGGAAUCCACCUUGCACUUGGUCUUAAGAUUAAGAGGUGGUGGUAAAAAGAGAAAGAAGAAGGUCUACACCACCCCAAAAAAAAUUAAACAUAAACACAGAAAACACAAGUUAGCUGUCUUAACUUACUACAAAGUUGAUAACGAAGGUAACGUUGAAAGAUUGAGAAGAGAAUGUCCAGCUCCAACCUGUGGUUCUGGUAUCUUCAUGGCUAACAUGGGUGACAGACAAUACUGUGAUUCAAUAAUCAUGAACUUCUCGAUUUAUGAUUUGGACGAUGAUAUAAGGAAGCUUCUUAAUCUUGAUAACUUUCUUCAUGGAUUGACGGUGAAUGAUUUUAUCGAAGAAUUGAGUAAGGAUCAUUUUUUGAAAGGUGCUGAGGUUAAUAAAUUGGAGUAUCUUGAUCCUAAACCAUACAUAAGAACAUUCGAAUCUACAUUGAGAGAGUUGAAACAAUUGAGUGUCGAGGCUUCCCAAAGAAAAGAGAUUGCCGAAAAAGACGUUGACGAAUAUGAAUUAAAACAUAGUAACAAUGUUCUUCUGUUAUCAUCCAAAAUCGACAAUAUAGAAUCCAAAUUUGAUGGACUUGACUCUAAAAUAUCUAAAAUCUCCAAGAAAAUCGAUCCACUUGGUCAACAAUUGAACAAGAUCACUAAUUCUCGAGACCGCUCCACUGAAACGAUCUUUUUGAUUCGUGCAUAUCAUGGUUUUUAUACAAAAGAAAAAUAUGAUCCUUUGGAAAACUUAAGAACUAGUACGAAACAUGAUGAUAAGCUUAAAUGUGCUAAAACUGUACUGAAUCUUCUUACUUUGGCCAAAAAAAUCGAAGCAAGUUCAGAAAAUAUACCCAAGACUUCAAAAUGUGUCAAGUCAAUAGAGAAAUUUAGUGAAUUAAUGGAGAGAAAUCUACUUAAUAAAUUUGAAGUUGCAUCGGAAGAAAAUGAAUUUGACAUAAUGAAAGGAAUAGCCCAAAUUUUAUUCGAAUUCAAUGGCGGUGGCAACGUGGUUCAAGCCUUUGUUAGCCAAAAUGAUUUAUUACUAGAGGCUGAAAGACAAGAUGAAGAUGAAAAUACUAAAUCCUUAUUAGAUAAUGAAGCGGUCUGGGUUAGUCUAUCGGAUCCAAAUUAUGCAGGGACUGACAUUCUCAAGGACGAUGCAACUGAAUUAUUACUAACUCGAUUGAGAGUGGGAAUAAAGUCUCAAGCGAGAAUUGUUCAACAAGUUUUCGAAGAUCCAAUACCAGUUCUCAAGAUUUUUAUUCAAAGAAUAUAUGCUCAGAUGAUCCAAAAUAAGGUCACAACAUUAUUACAGUACUCCAUGUCAGUAAGCUCUUUGGCACAUGUCAGAAUAUUACAUGCGCUUUACAUUUUAGUUGGGGAUUUUACAAAAGAUGUGAAAGAGUUUUUAACUACAAAUGAUUUUGAUCAUGAAAACGAAUUAAGUGCUAUUUUAGAUCAAUCUUUCUAUGACUUAUUCAUUGAAUACCUUUUUGAGAAUAAUUACUUUAAUUGGGAAAAGAAAAAUCUAGAAGAGAUCAUCUAUAACAUCGUUCACAAGUUUAAUACUUUCAAUGAAAAGGCAUUAUCCAACAAUUACUUGAAGAAAAGACUCGAAGAGUCAGAAACAGAUAAUUCUAAUAAGCUUGGUGGUCAAGAAAAUUCUCAGUUCCACGAAAAGAAAAGAUUACAACAAUUCAAGAAUUUCAUGAGCUCUCAUUUGGCAGAUAGAACCACCAACAGAAACUCAGUUGAUCAAUACGAAUACAACAGGGACUAUAAGGAAUUUGCAAGAUUAAAUAUAACAAAGGUUGAAGUGAUAACGAAAUCAGCUAUCGAAUCGAUCGCCAGAGUUUUAGAAUUGGCUCCUAACAAAUCCCCAGAAUAUUCGCUAGAAAUUUUAGAAAUAUUACUAUUUGACUUCGGUAAGCUAUAUCUCACUGGUGGUCUCGUUGUGGCUUAUGACCAACUAGUUCAAGAAAAAUCUUCAAGUAAAGUGAACUCUAACCAGCCUUUCAACUUCGACUACUUGAGUACUGCAAAUUUGACAAGCGAUAUUUUGUACCUUGUUUCUGCUUGUAUCAAAAAAAUAGUUUUGCCAUGUGCUGUGAAUAAUCCAAACAUUAGAAAUAGAAUGAUCAGUUUAACUAAUGUUUACAUUUCCUCUUGUGAAAAGUCUUUGAACAGAAUUUUAGAUGAUACAAUCGCUAUGACCUCUGCUAGAAUCACUUAUUACUUGAGUAAACAAAAAAAGAAAGAUUUCCUAAGCGAUACAGUCAAUGACUAUGAUACUGAAUCUUGUGAAGACACUUCAGAAUUCAUUUCGGUGGUUCAUGAAAACCUUUGCUCCCAUUUGAGUAACUCAAAUCUUACUAACGUACUCAUAAAAAUCGGGAUGAAUUUUUUAAAUCAAUUACUAGAGCAUUAUAAAAAAUAUACUGUGACGUCGACUGGUGGGGUUACUUUGACUAAGGAUGUCAUUCGCUAUCAAUCAGUUAUCGACCAGUGGGGUAUUCCUGAGCUUUCUGAUAAAUUCCAAUUAUUGAAAGAAAUUGCAAACUUGUUUACUGUUCAUCCAAAUUUGAUCAAUUCACUUGUUACUGAAGGUCAAUUGGCCAAUUUGAAACCUUAUGCGGUCAGACAGUAUGUGUCAAAAAGAAGUGAUUUUAAUCCAAGCUAUAUAGAAAGAUUUUUCAGUUUUAAGUAA